AUGCUGACAGAAGUCCUAGCGGACAAUUUCCAUUCCAUCCACUUCUGUCUGCUUCCCAAGCAGCACUCUGUCGUCCGCUUGGAUGACACUGUCGGUCCGCAAACUCUGUGGUACCAAGAGCUUCUUGCGGUGCAGGAACUCUUGAUCCAAUACCUGUCCUCGGGGCAAGGCUACGAUGACGAGAGCGUGUCCUUAGCGCUGCAAGAAGGGAAUCAGCUCUUCCAGCAGAAAGAUUUCAGCCGGGCAUGUGAUUUCUUCGGCAUUGCCUACGAGAUUGGUCGGCACCACUACUGCUAUCGACCUCUGCUGCACGACUUGCUCCUGCGGCGAGCUCUCUGCCACUCCUUGCUGGGAAACUUUAAAGUUGCCCAGCAGGAGAUUGAGAAAGCCCUCUGGCUCAUUCCACACGAGGCUACUGGACUUUUGGUGGCUGCUUUGGUCUAUUCCAAGCUAGGCCUGGUGACGGAAGCCAACGUGUCCUUCCAGCAGGCGGUCUGCAGCCAACGAGAGCUCAAGGACUUGGUGGAUUGCCUGGUGGCCUUCUUUUGCCUCCAGCACCACUAUGCGGACCGCGCUGUGAACAUCUGCACCCAGGUGCUGCAGCGUAGCCCGAAGUGUCCCUUGGCGCUGCUGAUGCGUGGGGAUGCUUACAGGUUCGGGGCUGAGGGGAGGGAGGAGGCUGAGUCAGGGCCUGAGUCAGCUGGUGCUCGGGAUGAAGCAGUUGUGGGAUGA